CUGCUGGAGAUGCAGAGCACCCCAAACUACCUCUGGAGCACCGAGGAUCUCCUGGGCCAGGGUGCCACGGCCUGUGUCUACAAAGCUCGCAACAAGAAAUCAGGGGAGCUGGUUCCUGUGAAGGUUUUCAAUAACGCCAGCUACCUCCGGCCCCAGGAGGUCCAGAUGAGAGAGUUUGAGAUGCUGAGGAAGCUGAACCAUAAAAACAUUGUCAAAUUAUUUGCUGUGGAGGAGACGGGCAGCAGCAAGCAGAAGGUGCUGGUGAUGGAGUACUGCUCGAGUGGCAGCUUGCUGAACGUGCUGGAAGACCCAGCAAAUGCCUUUGGCUUGGCCGAGUCCGAGUUCCUCAUCGUGCUGCAGUGCGUGGUGGCAGGGAUGAACCACCUCCGUGAGAACGGUGUCGUCCACAGAGACAUCAAACCCGGGAACAUCAUGCGGCUGGUGGGGGAAGAUGGGCAGAGCAUCUAUAAGCUGACAGAUUUUGGGGCCGCCCGAGAACUGGAUGAUGAUGAAAAGUUUGUGUCUGUCUAUGGGACGGAGGAAUAUCUUCACCCGGACAUGUACGAGCGAGCGGUCCUGCGCAAGCCGCAGCAGAAGGCUUACGGUGUCACCGUCGAUCUCUGGAGCAUCGGUGUCACCUUCUACCACGCUGCCACCGGCAGCCUCCCCUUCAUCCCCUUCGGGGGACCUCGUAGGAACAAGGAGAUCAUGUAUAAAAUCACCACUGAGAAGCCUCCUGGAGCCAUCGCAGGGAUCCAGAGGCAGGAGAACGGGAGCAUUGAGUGGAGCUACGAGCUGCCCCUCACCUGUCAGCUCUCCACGGGGCUGAAGGACCAGCUGAUCCCCAUUUUGGCUAACAUCCUGGAGGUGGAUCAGGAGAAAUGCUGGGGAUUCGACCAGUUUUUUGCAGAAACCAGUGACAUUUUGCACAGGAUGGUGGUCAACGUCUUCUCCUUGCAGCAAGCGUCCCUGCAUCGCAUCUACAUCCACUCCUACAACACUACCACCAAGUUUUUAGAUGCUGUCUUCAAACAAACAAACAUAGUCCCUCACCAUCAAGAAUAUUUUUUUGAAGGUCAUCUGUAUGAGUUGGAUCCUAAUCUGCAAGCUCAUAACUUCUGCAACACCACAGAGCACAACCCUCUGACCUUGCUGAGCACCGAUGAGCAACCCGAGGAGGUGGUAGGAGUGAGAUACAGAGAUCCAGCACUUGAGUUCCCAAAGUUUGUCCCCAAGGUGGACGUGGUGGCCGACUGCAGCGCAGCCAAGAGCGCGGUGGGUGCCGGGCACCAGACCCUGCGCAUCGCCCGAGCCCUGCGGCGCUGCCGGGAGCUGCUGGCCAGAGGUCUCCACUGGGUGAUGUGA